AUGCUUCUUCUGAACGCGUUGCUUCUAUUCGGAUUAGCCGCCUUUUCAGUGGAUUCUAGUAAGUACAUACGAGAAUUAUAAAGUGAAUCUAGGAUUUAUUAAAUACGCAUUAUUAUCAAGAAAGUGAAGCAGUCAUUUAGUCAGUGACCAUGUGUGCAGUUUCGAGUGAAAAAAUCAUAGAUUUCUGUUUCAAAGACAGUUCAAUACCAUUUGUUAGAACAAUAACCACACCUUGCAGAAUCGGUUCCGUGUUCGGAAGUGACGAAGGAUCACGGAAUAGUGUGUCGGUGCAAUGCCACGUAUUGUGAUACGAUUGAGCCGCUGGGCACUGUGAUCGCGGGAAAAGCGGUGGUUUACACGACGUCCAGAAAGGGAAAACGGAUGCAGAGGAGCGAGUUGAAGAAGGUCUCUUCGUCGAGUGGUGGGUUCGAGGGAUACACUUCGAAACAGACCUUGUCUCAAAGGUUUAUUUCGGAAGCGCUUUACAGUCCGUUUCAUAAGUAUAGGGCCACCCCUAAAAUUGAAUAUAUCGUCUUUCCCAAACAAAAUACCACUCCAAGACCUUGAAAAUCGAAAUCAGCACUUCCAGAGUGUUUUCAGGGGUGGCCCUAUACUUAUGAAACGCCUGCAGAAGCCACUUUUUCAGAUUUUCCAGCACCAUGGCCUCAGCACCCACUGUACUGGCCCCAAAAUUGUUUUCCAUAGGUAACUUUUCAUGCUAAAUCCGAUUUUCAAGGUGCGGAGGCAUGAUACUACCUGAGGAAGACGUGCCGGUGAUUUUCAGGGGUGGCCCUAUACUUUUGAAACGGACUGUAUUGACAGAAUUAUCACUGAGCGAAUAUUGAUUUUUUUGAUUAUAGACUUGGUGGCACAGUAAUGUUUGUUUGCAGCCAAGACGAAAGUGUACGUGAACACCACUCAAACGUACCAGCAGAUCAUGGGCUUCGGAGCGGCGUUCACCGACGCGGCGGGCCUGAACCUCAAGACUUUGCCUCAGGCCAUGCAGGAUCAGAUCAUCGAGCAGUACUUUUCCGAGGAGGGACUCGGCUACGUGUUCGGAAGGGUUCCGAUGGCCUCCACUGACUUUUCGACGCACGAAUACAGUUAUGACGACGUGCAGCUGGACUUUGCCCUCAACAACUUCAAUUUGACGACUGAAGAUUUCGAGUACAAGAUUCCGUUCAUCAAGAAGGCGAUGACGGCUUCUGGCGGCAAUCUGAAGCUCUUCGCGACGCCGUGGAGCUCUCCGGGAUGGAUGAAAACGUCGGGGAGGAUGGUGGGCGCCGGAGAGCUUUUGGGCGACCAGAACGGGAAAUACUACCAGACAUGGGCACAAUAUUUUGUCAAGUGAGUACGGUUUCGACAUUGAAUAAGUGGGGAGAAGUAUCGUUUCAGAUUCUUCGAGUUCUAUCACGCCGAGGGCAUCGAUUUCUGGUCGUUGACGCCUCAAAACGAGCCGACGACGGGCAUUGAUCCGUUUUGGAAAUGGCAGACUCUCUUCUUCGACGCGUCCAUGGAGAGAAACUUUAUCAAAAAGCUGUUGGGGCCUGCGUUGGCGGCUUCGAAUGUCACGAAGCAUCUGAAGAUUAUGAUCAACGACGAUCAGAGGAUCAAUCUUCCUCACUGGCCGAAUGUGGUAAGUGAUUGUCUGCAUACGCAUCGACAAACUAUCAGUGUUGAGCGGAAUUCCGUCUGCCGUCUUCCGUCUUCCGUCUUCCGUGGUUUUUUUUGUUCCGUCUUCCGUCUGCCAUCUUCCGUGAGAAAAGUUUUCUUCCGUCUUCCGUCUGCCGUCUUCCGUAAAAGAAUGUUUCUUCCGUCUGCCGUCUGCCGUCUUCCGGGAUUUUUUUUCUUACCGUAAAAGAGUAAUAGCUUUUCAAAAGCCAUUUACUAGUCCCGAAGAACGCGAAUUUCCAUGGGCAGUACCCAGAUCCAAAAGUAUUGUUGCAUUAGUUAUUUUUUUCAAAAAAAAAAAACCGGAAAAAAGGCUCUGCAUUGACGAUUUUUUGUUCCGUCUUCCGUCUGCCGUCUUCCGGGAAAAAAGUUUUCUUCCGUCUUCCGUCUGCCAUCUUCCGUGAGAAAAAUUUUCUUCCGUCUUCCGUUUUCCGUGUUCCGUAAGAAAAAUUUUCUUCCGUCUGCCGUCUGCCGUCUUCCGUAUUUCAAAAUUCCACUUCCGCUCAACUCUGCAAACUAUACGAAAAUCGUCUAUUUGUUGUGUGUCUGAAACUGUGACCUUUUCAGAUUCUGACCGACCCGAUGGCGGCCCAAUACGUGCACGGAAUCGCCCUCCAUUGGUACGAGGACUUCAUCGAUCCGGCCACCGUCAUCACGGAGACCCACGAGAAGUUCCCCGACUACUUCCUGCUGGCCACUGAAGCCUGUGCCGGGUACUUCCCGGCCGACGGUCCCAAGCUGGGAUCAUGGGCUCGAGCGGAGCAGUACGCGAACGAUUUGAUCAAAGACAUUGGAAACUGGGUCGGAGGAUGGGUCGAUUGGAAUUACGCGCUCAAUUUGGAAGGCGGUCCGAAUCUCGCCAAAAACUUUGUCGACUCGACGAUCAUUGUGAACGCGACGGCGCAAGAGUACUACAAACAGCCGCUCUGGCACGUGAUGGCCCAGUUCAGCAAGUUUGUUCGACCCGGAAGUACGCGGAUCCAGACGACGAUCAUUGAGAAGUCGGUCGAUGUGGAGGGACUCUCGUUUCUGAAUCAGGACGGGACCAAGACCGUCGUGUUGUUGAAUAAGAACGAGGUGAGUGGGAGACCAUUGUAUAUCAGUUGUCUGUAAAGCUAUCAAAAAGUUGUCAACUAGUAAAAUGUACGGAAUUUCAUAGGGAACAUUUUAUUAGUUAACAUCUUUUUGAUAUCUCCACCCGCAACUGAAAUAUAUUGUUUUGAAUGUACGGUAUACAAAUGUACAUGCGAACUUUCUCUCUUCAGGUUCUCGACUUCGACGUGUCUGUCAGUGACGUCUCCGCUCCUGACGUCAUCUACGACCUGACGAUUCAGGCAAACUCGCUGCUGACCAUUGUGUAUAAAUGA